CUGUCGCUUCACACAAACACACCGGCAAAGUGUCGACUGCAGCAUGUUGGCUCCAAAACAAUCGCCGUCCUCAGCGUUCUGCUUUCAGCCGCAGCUGAAUGUUGCCUGUUCUGGAUUUGCCCUGGUAUUGUCCGUGUUAAACCUGCGCCGUCAUCGGUUCUGCUGCCAGCGUCCUGCCUGAGACUGCCACUUUGAGCUUCUGUUGAAGGCCCAGGAUGAGGUCCAUUUCUGUCACACUGGACAAACCAAGUUUCACAAGAGCGAUUCUUUCCUAGAUUUCAGCCUGGCUUCUUAAGUCCUCCACUGUCAGUGGAGCAUUUCCAGAGGUGUCACUGUUUGGACACGUCUUCUGUGUCAUGUUGCCGAUACUGGUCGAUCUUGCGGUUUAUCUCUUUGUGUGAGGACCAGUUCUGUGGAAGAGUCUUCAUUGUGAGCAUGUUUGUCUUAGCAAGGACCGUUUUGUUGGUCCGAACGAGCCUGAAUUGGAUGAUUGAAACUCAAAAUAACGGGCUCAUUACUACUGGGUUUCAGUUUGGUUCAGAGUGGUUGAGGUGAGCCAUGUGUUUCAGAUGGUUGGGUUCAGGGUGAGAGGCUGGGGAAAGGGUGAUGGCCAUGAGUGACCUCUAGAAGUCCUUUCAAGGAUAGAAAAACAAGCGUUGGUGUGAGUGUGUCCUCCUGGUCUCUUCUGGGCCACAGUGGCUGACCACGACUGUACCGCAGGAUGGAGUUCUGUCCCUCCCCUCACCACCCCACCCACCCACCCACCGGGGGGUUAUAAAAAGCUGCUGACCCGGGCGGCUCGGGUACAGAGACAGAGAGUCUGCUGGACAUGCUGGACCUCUGUGUGGCGCUCAUUCAUGUGUCCAGCUUUGAAGGCGACAACCUGGACAUCAUAAUUUGAGUUGAGGUCUUUACUGCAGUUUUUUUGAGUUGUUUUUUUUUCUGCCACUAUGUGGGAGUUCAAGUCCAUGUCCUUCUGGAGGGCAGUUCUGGCCGAGUUCUACGGAACCAUGCUCUUUGUUUUCUUUGGUCUUGGGGCCUCACUGCGCUCAACUUCCGGCCCGCUCAACGUCCUCCACGUGGCCUUCUGCUUCGGCCUGUCUGCGGCCACCAUGAUCCAGUCCGUCGGCCACAUCAGCGGCGGCCAUAUUAACCCGGCUGUCACCUUGGCGUACCUGAUCGGCUCCCAGAUGUCUCUGUUCCGUGCCGUCUUCUACGUGGUGGCGCAGUGUCUCGGUGGUCUGGCUGGAGCUGCCGUGCUGUACGGGGUCACGCCCCCCAACAUGAGGGGGAACCUGGCGCUGAACACACUGCAGCCCAGCAUCAGCCUGGGCAUGGCCACCACCAUGGAGGUCUUCCUUACUCUGCAGCUGGUGGUCUGCAUUUUUGCUGUGACCGACGAGCGCCGCAACGGUCGGCUGGGAUCCGCUGCUCUCGCCAUCGGCUUCUCCGUCCUGAUGGGUCAUCUGCUCGGGAUGUACUACACCAGCACUGGGAUGAAUCCGGCCAGGUCUUUCGCUCCAGCUGUGAUGGUUCGGAACUUUGUCAACCACUGGGUCUUCUGGGUCGGACCUCUGCUCGGAGGCGCCGUCGGAGCGUUGCUCUACGACUUCAUACUCUUCCCUCGUCCCCGGAGUCUCUCGGAGAGACUCGCCACUCUGAAGGGGAAGCGACACCCCGAGGGGGAGUUUCAGCAGGAGAACCGUGGAGAACCCAUCGAGCUGAAGACACAAGCUCUAUAGAAAGCGUGUCGGAGCCAGCGCUGCUCAGGUCCUGGUCCAUCCUCGUGCCACUCAAAUACCUCUGCUGCUCUCACGGGGCGCGGGCGGCCUGGAACAAGACGAGGGCGCUGCGCUCUUGCUGAGCAUUACUCCGCCUCCCACACCUGGACUGCAGCACGGAGACUUCCUCAUGGAAGACCUGCCACUGGUUUCUGGGUUGGACCCUCCGGACGCAUCUAACUCUUGACAAAUCGGCUCCGUGCAUCUUUUUUUUUUUUUUUUUUGCGUUUUCAGUCUGAGGGUGAAUUCAUGAGAGGAACGGAAGGCGCGUGUGUGGUGCUCGUGUGUGUUGUCCAGAGCGUCUGUGAUCCACUGCAGCCGGUGGUUCACACACGAGUGAACACCCACACACUGCUCCGACGUGUUGCUGCGCUUGUUUGAUUCGACAUUGAAGUCUGCAAACCUUCUGAUGUCACUGGUUUCAGGUCCGGUCUGUGUUGCGUGUGUGUGCGUGUCAGAGAGACAUUUCAGUAGAUGAUUUCUGAGGUGAUGAUAGUGGGACCCUGGGCGUGCCGGUUUGAUAGCUCCCUCUUCUGGAGAGGGGUCGGAUGAUGUGAGUGGCUUGAGGUUGUGGACGAGCGACUCGAAUCAGCGCUUCUGGUCUCUUUCUGGUGCUGGACCGGAGUGGUUCUGGUGUGGAUGGACUUCUUCUAGCUCCAUUUUCUGCUCUCUAUGAGGCGUGUUGAGUUUGUAUAUAAAGUGUGAUUCUUUUUUUAAACCAAUUUUCUCUGGAUCAUAUGAACUCUGCUGCUUGAAUCUGGUUUCUCGUUUUUACACGUUAAAGUUCCUCCACUCCUACAGUUUCCUCUGUUUUUCCUCACAACAAGUUUCCACCACGCUGGUGUGAACACAACCACCUCUGGCGAAGAAGGACCGGGUCCUGGGUUCGGGCUGCACGUCACUCUCAGUGGUCGGAAACCUCAAAACAAACGUUCACGUGUGCAUCCACUUUAUUUUCUCGACAUCCAAUGGCUCUUGACAAAAAGCAUCAGCAAAAGUAACAGUCUCAAAUGUUUUGAAACGCCGUUGGAGCCUGUAAGGUUUUGGAGAGCAGGCCUGCCGCUGUUCAGCCGACCGGUCAACCAGUGAGAAUGAGGCCCCCACUCAUCGGCGGGGCCCCUCACAGCUGUGUGUGGACUGGUGGAGUUCUCACUUCUGCCUCAAGUUCGGUGUUGCCGUGUGUGGAGGGCGUCUGCAAAGCAUGAAAAAAUGCACGGCCGAGUCUCCACCGUCGCUUGGCCGGCAGGUUAGGCCGGUAUAUGGCCGAGCUAAAAGCCUGGUGGAGGUUCAGCUGUGGUGUGAGCUGGGCCAGGUCCGACCCGGGACA